AUGUCUCGUCAUCGUCGCCAACCCUCUCGAGCUCUUCCGUCGGAGAUAUUCGCCGCCGACGAUAUCUUCUCCAAACCUUUUGACUUGGCUCAGGUCAUUACCAUCCAAGAAGAUCAACCAAUCACUGCUCCUCCUCCUUCUCCUACUGUAACCACCACCUCUCAAAUCAACACCAAUUCCAUUCCCGCCGUCACUACUUCUCCGGUGAAACCAAACUCGCCGGCCGCUGGAAAGUCUGCCUGA